UCGUCUUGAGCUUAGAAGCUAAAAACAUGAUUUUUUACAUGAUAAACUUUUCCCUUCAUUUUUUCCCUUUUUUGCCCUAGUUUCCGGUACUGCUCAAUUUAUUGUAGGAACGCCUGACUGAAAGCGUCUUGCAAAAGGUUCAGUAGAAGGACACGUAUAGUAUCUACAAUGGCUCUUUCAUCUCCUUUGAGUUAUUGUUGCGCCUGGAUUACGAGUGCCAACUAAUAUUUAGGUUGCUAAAGUAGUUCAUUGUCCGUGGAAAGUAUAUUAAUGUAAAUAUUUUGCUACUGGAUAGCUGAGCAUCUGCGGUUCUUGAUCAAUCGGCACAAAUUUUGAUUGAAUGUUCAUUUUAAAAUGGCAAAAGCAGCUUACUUUGUUGUUGCUGUUGUCGUUGGACUCAUUGCAAUUGCUGGUUACUUUAUUGUGCGACAAGAAGGAAGCUUAGAAGAGCUGAAAUCAGACAAAUCUCACAGUAAGCAGGAUGACAUGAGUGCAGAUCAAGACACAACAACAUUACAUGCACAAAGUGAUGAACUUAAUAACAAACCUCCACCAGGACAUUUGAAGAAACUUGGAGAACAUGGUUCRCCAGUAAUCACAAGGCAUUUUGAAGAGAUUGAUUAUACUUUGAAUGGAAAAGACUUUUACUCUCAUUUUAUACGAAAGCGAGUUCCGUUGAUAAUGCGAGGUGCUACCAGAAACUGGCCAGCCUUUCAUCACUGGCAAAAUAAAACAUACUUGAUAGAAAAAUACGGACAGCAGGCUUUCCGUGUAGAAUCCACCAAAAAGUAUGAAGAUGGACCUCCAAUUCAUAAUAUUAUGACAAUGAAAGAYUUUCUUGAUGUUUUUGAACAAAGUGAUGUGUAUCUAGAUUCACCAUUCCCACAGAGCACCAUGAUCAAGGACAUUAUACUCCCGUCUUGCUUACAAUGCAAGGAGCUAAAUUCAAACAUUUCUAGCAUACAUYUGUUGUACAGUAGUGGUGGAACAAGCUCAAAUUUCCAUUACGAUGGCAGUGAAAAUCUUCUUUCUGUACUCUCUGGGACUAAAGAAGUUCUUCUCUCUCACUAUAAUAAUACCAAGUAUUUUAGCAAAAAUGGAGAAAUGUUUGCUAAUGUUGUCUCACCUAUAAAUCCUGAGGCUGUGGAUUUGAUUAAAUUUCCACAUCUUGUUAAUGUAACAUUUUAUAAGGUCACCCUUAAUGCAGGUGAUAUCUUAUACAUACCUGAGGGAUGGUGGCAUCAUGUACGCUCUUUUAAUUCUCCUAACAUUGCMAUUUCAUURUGGUUUGGAAUCUUUAAAGAAAAAGAGAAUGAAACCUUGGACCUGGAGGAUUCACUUGAUGCUGUUCAAAGACUGGAAUCAUUUGGAAAGGCUGUCAAGUCUUCACCAGAAACAAUYGAGUGCAAAUCACAAAAUAGACCAAUCUCAGAGGUYUACUGGCCCAAGCAAAAUGCUGACACUCCUUACUUGGAAGAUCCUGAUAGAUGGACUGUGACUCUUAACACUGGAUACAAGAUGCCAAUGAAGGGGUUUGGAGCUGCCUUUCUUAAAAAUGCUAAAGAUACCAUCCUAACUGCACUCAAGGAAGGCUAUAGGAUGAUUGACUCAGCCCAAGCACACAUGUAUGAUGAGAAAGCAGCAGGAGAUGCAUUGAAAGAAAGUGGUAUCCCACGUGAAGAUGUUUUCCUUAUUUCCAAAGUUCAUCCCAAGAACAUGGGUUAUCAUGAUACAAUCAGAACUGUUGAAGAAUCACUUGCAAAUUUCCAGGUGUCGUAUAUUGAUUUGAUGUUGAUUCAUGCUCCUGAUUGUGAUGAUGAUCCUGAAUUCCUUGGCUGUCGUGCUGGAGAGCCUAGAGGAACGUGGAGAGAUUGCUGGAGGGCAUUGGAGACUCUUGUUGACAGUGGCAAAAUCCGCAGUAUUGGGGUAUCCAACUUUGACGUUGAUCUYAUGAAAGAGUUGAACAAACUAGCAAGAAUCAAGCCAUCAGUUGUGCAGAACUUCUUCACUCCUUUCUUYCAAGAUAAAGACACAAGAAAACUAUGCAAAGAAAAUAACAUCCAAUAUAUGGGAUUUAGCACUCUUGGUUCUCAAUACACUUAUGAUUAUGGGUUUAAUGAAAACCCUGUCAUGAAUGAUAAAGGGAUCAUCAAAAUUGCACAGACAUUUGAUGCAUCAGUUCCCCAGGUUGUSCUGAAGUGGGCACUGGAGAAUGAUGUUGCAGUAAUCCCCAGGUCCAACACUCCAAACCACAUCAAUACCAACUUUAACCUUCAUCAUAUCUUCCUAAGUGAAAAGGACAUGAAAUAUUUUGAUGAACUAGAUGGGAAAUUCAGUGAAGAUGCUAACGACACUAGUGAUGAAGCAAAACCAGAAGAACAAGUGAAACCGGAACGGGKUAAAACAGACUUGAAGGCACCAGUUAGAGACAAAGAAAUCAUCGAUAAAGUCGUGCUUGAGAAAAAGGUGAAUCCAGAUGACGCAACACUUUACGUCAGCUCAGACGAUCAGUGGAUUUAUGCCAUUGACGCAGUGUCUGGAAAUCUGAUGUGGAAGUAUGGGACUGGAGAGGAUGGAGGGUCCAGAUGCGCGUUCAGUCCAGAUGAAACGRCAUUGUACUGUGGUACCGAUGACAAACAUAUGCGYGCUUUUAAUCGUUUAGAUGGUACCCUUUUAUGGAAGUAUGCAGUUGAUAAGGCCAUUGUAUCGUCUACUCGUGUGRGGACUGAUGGGACAUUAUAUUUUGGUUGUUUGGAUGGCUUUAUGUAUGCUCUCAAACCAGAUGGCUCUCUGAAAUGGCGAACAGACUUAAAGGAGCAGAUAUGGUCUUCACCAGUUCUYAAGGAUGGUGGACGUGUACUGUUUGUUGGGUCAAUGACGGAAGAUUCUCCCAACGUGUAUGCUUUGAACGGUGAUAGUGGUGAAAUCAUAUGGCARUAUAAAACAUCGGGACCAGUGUUCUCUUCUCCUGCGCUAAGCGAAGAUGAAAAAGUCAUGUACAUAUGUUCUUUCGACGGAAACUGUUACGCUUUUGAUAGUGACAGUGGCAAGGUUUUGUGGACUUUUGAAGGUGAUUCAGCAUUCCAGUCGUCGCCUGUUGUAAGUCAUUCAUAUCAACAGUUUUACGUGGCCUCAACUACUGGGACGGUAUAUGCUGUUAAUGUCAUCAACGGAUCACUUGUCUGGGCACACCAAUCAAAAGGAGAGUUCUUCUCUUCGGCCUUCCCCUCUGACAACGGCAAUGUCUAUAUUGGUUCUGGGGAUGGAGAAGUGUUAGCUCUUACCCAAAAUAAAGGUGAACUUCGCUGGAGAUUUGAGACUCAAACCACCGAUACUUUGUACUCCACUCCAAGAAUGACCAAAGAUGGAGUCCUGUACAUUGGUGGGAUUGAUGGGUAUUUGUAUGCGCUCAACUCUGAUACUGGAGAUGUAGUGUGGAAGUUCAAAACGAAUGGUCCUCUAGUCGGAACAGUUCGUAUUCCGCUAAAACACGAUAAACCAAUAGUUUAAACAAAAAGUCAUUGAAGAUUAGUUCUUGGUCGACAAAGUCUUUCAGAGUGAAAAGUCGGACGAUUGUUUUAAAGCCAAUUCUGAAAAAACAAGCUUAAUUACACAUGAGAUUUCAUUAUUUAGUGACCUUCAUGGCAACAAAAUCGAUAACGAUGAUAGUGAUGAGACCUCUUUAUCUUCCUUUUACGGACACUUCACUUUGAGUUGGAACGUCAAAUUAUUGGUUUUAACUUAAUAAGUAAAAUCUCUUAUAUAUUUUAGUUAAGAAUAUUAAAUAUAUCUAAAAUUAGUUUUGAUAAAGAUAAAAAAUGUCAAUCAGAGAAAAUAAACUAUUGCUAUUCUCAUUAA